AUGAGCGCAAUGCUGCUUACACCUGGGGGAGGAAACAACUCACUAGAGAACCAUAAGUCGGAUGAAGGGAAAGCAUCACAAGUGAGAAACCAACAAAAAGGAUGUGAACACUAUAAUUACGAAUUUGUGGAAAACUUGUUCAACGGUCCCGAUCAGCUUAACACUUGCGCACUGGACAUCGGAGGGACCUUAAUAAAAGUUGCCUACCUCAAUGACCACUACAUAACAGAUGAACGUCAUCCCACGCGGAAAAAUACAAAAUUCUUAAGUAUUAAAAUUGAGGAGGGCCAAAAUUUGUAUGUACACUUUUUCAACAUAAAUGAACUUAAGGAGACGUUAUCCUUUUUAACUGAAAAUGGAUUGGUGAGACAAAAAAUAUUUUUAACUGGUGGGGGGGCUCACAAGUACUUCUUUCACAUAAUUGAUCAGAUCAUCAGACAUGAGGUGAUUUCUCGGGGGAUUCUUUCAAAAGAGGAGUGCCCCCUGUGGGUUUCCAAGAGGUACCACUGCGAUGCGUCACGCACUCUAUCCGUGGAGCUGCAACUAAGGGGGACUACCAUCCCCCAUGGCCAUAACGACCAGGGGGUUCCCUUCGACAAAUCCCUGCUGGACUCCUUCCCCACCUGCGAAACCGUUCGCAUAUAUUUGGUACACCCAAAAGCGGAGCAGCAACAGAGGGAAGACCCUUUUCCCACUCAUACAAAUUGCGAACAGGUGGAUAAAGCAAACGAUGAGGAAUACAAUUCCCCCGAAAAGAUUUUCCAAGGGGAACUACUUCUACAGUGCAGUAGGAAGGACGAAAUGCACUGCGUGAUGAAUGGAUUGUACAAACUAUUUUGUGUAAAAAAGAGUAUCGUGAGAUAUGACUUAUUUUUAAAAACGCAAGUUCCUGUUAGAGUGAAACUUCCCUAUGAGCCAUUCAUCAUUGCAAACAUAGGAUCAGGUAUUUCCAUCCUAUUGUCCAAUGGACUUAAUAAAUAUAAGAGGAUCGGUGGGACAGCCAUCGGUGGGGGGACCCUCCUGGGAUUGGCUCAAAUGAUUUUAGGGAAGGUAUCCUUUGAAGAGCUCAUCAAAUUGGCUGCGCCAUUGGAGGGGACAACCUCCACAUGGUCAUCACCUCCCCCCUUCGACCUAACGUUGGGGCAUAUUCGAAAAGACGCAGCUUGGAUUGGCGCCCCCCCGUAUGCAGAGGACGCCCUGGCAGCGAGCUUUGGAUUCUUGAGCAAUAUUGUAAAAACGAAAAAUACUGAUGAUGUGAAAUCACUUGGGCAGUCUGUAGCCAGGAGCCUCAUCACCAUGGUGUCGUACAACAUAGGCUACUUGGUUCACCUCCUUGCACGGAUCCACGGCGUGCACAGAAUAUUCUUCUCGGGAAAAUACAUAAGUAACCACGACUGUAUCAUGGAGUCCCUUACCCUGGGGGUGUACUACUAUUAUAUGUACUGCCAUACCAGCGGGGGAGGAGAAAAGGAUAGUUUCAGCGGCAAGCCAAUCGACGGGGGAACUCCUAAGAAACCCUCCAAUCAGUGUCCUUUUCGCGGAUGGGAACGCAACUGCGGAGAAGCAGCUUGGAGGGACGCACUGCCCGAAGUUUUGUUCCUCAAGCACGACGGGUUUUUAGGCGCCAUCGGGUGUUUUUUCUCCUAACGAUUGGCCCACCGCAACACCUUUGAAGGACCACGGGCUCACAACAAAAGUGUGUAUGCCCAAUGGCCAUUUGUCAAUCGCGGGGAAAACAUGGUUAGCCCAGCAGCGGUCUUCUUGUGCGUCUACCACGUCGCCUUGGCAGUGUUGGGCUCCGUGUUUUUCGAAAAUUUCCUAUUCAAGGAUUUUGACAACAGCUUCAGUAUCGUCAAAAUAAUUUUCUGUUGUUCCUUCGUGUUGUGUCUGUCCCUGCUGUCCAUGUUGCUUUUUGAAAUACUCGGCUUCCUCACGACAACGCUGAAGCUCUUCAUCUGGUACAUAGACAUAACCUCCUUGGUUCUAUUCAUUUAUUUGAUCAUCCCAAUCAGUUUAAUUUACACAUACGUUACGUACGAAGAUGAAGAGGCGGCAAAUGGACUUUUCAAGUUUAACUAUUUUUACAAUGCAUUGAGAAAAAUGAAAAAUAAAAAAAAUAUUUUACCUGAACAUGUUAAGGCAAAUUUUAUGAGAAGAUUACUCUACGUAAGUGAAGACUUAAUGAAACAAAUGGAAAACUACAACAGAAAAAUCAGAAAUAAAAACAAACAAAAGAUUUGUCAGUUUAUUAUUGGCUGUUUGAUCAUAUUACCACUUAUCUGGUUCACUUUUUACAAAAUUUCCAUGAUCACACUGAAGAACAAUAACGACAUAUACGAUCAAUCUUCUGAUUUAUACAACAUUGGGAAUGUUUUACAGGAAAAGUUGAACGAUGUGAAUAGGGAAUUUUCACAAGACUAUGAUACAAAUAGUGAGAAAAAUAAAAACUCUUUUUUUUUUAAAGUUAUGAAAAAUUUACUCAUUUAUAUGUCUGUUACUGGCAUGACUUUGGUCAGUGCACUUUCUGCCUUCACCAGUUUGUACUCCCCCUACACAAACAUCAGUCUCUUUUUCUUCUUCGUCACCGUUAAAAAGGUGAAAAUUAUUGAGAAUAAAAUUAAGUUUGUAACAAAUGAAUUGUCCCUUAAGAAGAAACUCCUUGUUUUGUAUGAUCACCCGCAGUUGAUGCAGACCUUCCAUUGCAGAAAUGCGGGGGACUCUUCCACCCUGCAUGGGUCUCUCACCAAUGGGGGGAGCCUCAUCGAAGAUCGCAUCGGAAGUGCCGCCUUUGGCGUGGACAUCCCCGUGGAGCAUACCACCACCUCCUCUCUCCACUCAUCGGAGGGGCCGUACCACCACAUCGCCACGAUGCAGAGAUAUUCAAACAUGGGGAUGGGUGAGAAUAUCGAUGGGGGGCUGUCUGACCAGUUGGCAACCAUAAUGUGUGACCACUUCGUAGGGACCUCAACGGGGGAAAAACAUUCCCAAACGCGCAUGGGCACGGGGCAGGAUGAAGUCGAGUACAUCGGAUGUAAGCCAUUUAAAAAGUGCAACCUCUACCUGGGUUCACACAAGUCGAUCUACAAAGACAUAUACGAGACUUUCAUGAAAAAGGAAAAUGAUUUUGACUUGGGGGAGAUGCUACCUGGCGGGGAAGACGACGAAGAGACCUGCAUGGGGGAGGACAUCCGGAAGGACUUGCCCACCUUUGAGGGGGAGGACAACCUGUCUAAUCUGUCAAACCUGGAGAAGCGUUGUAGCAUACGCGAAAUGGAAACCCCGCACAGGGGGCAUGCCAACCCACUUGUCCCUUCAAGGGGUGAAGAAACGGCAGCUAGAAGCCACACGGAUGAGGAAAAUGGCGAAUGUUGGGACUGCAACAACCCCAGGGGACAGCAACCUAAUAGCAUUUUUAGCACCGCACAGAUGAACAAAAUGGGAAGUGGCAGCUCGCUCUACAAGAGAAGCAUAAAAUCGGGGAGCUCUGUAGGAGAGAGGAAGCAUGUCUAUUAUACGGGGCGCUUCCUCUUUUUCAAAACAACUGACGGGGAGGAGAAGCACCUUCAAUCUAGGCAGCAUGAAGGAGACACCGAAAUGGUGGACUUCCAAAUGGGGGGGGAACUGUGCCCAGAAGCGACGGCCGCCCCGGGGGAGGAAAAGGAAAGGAAGAAGCAAAAGAGGCAGAAGAAAGGGACGGCCUUCCUAUCGCGGUUGAGGGGCAUCUGCUCAGUUAGACGAUUCUUCCAGCACAGCGAGAUGCUGCCGCAGGGGGGUACGAAGCAAGAUAUUGCAAAUGUUGAAAAGGGCGCAAAUGCUGACGGUGCGACCCCCAAGCAAAGGAGGCACAUCUCCGAGUUCCUCUCCGCGAGCAUCGAACGAUCGUACAGGACGCUGAAGAGCGUGAAGGACUUCUUCAAGCGAAACAAAGCAAACGCAAAAAAAAAAAAAAAAAAAGAAAUCCUCAUGCAGGAUAUUAAGUCACUAGAAUAUAUGGCCAAAAAUCUGUACUUCCUCCUGGACGACGUAAUAAAGGAGCAGAUCAGAAUAAACCAAAGCUCCUCCUUCACUGGUAUGUUACUCUACCUCCUGGGGAUACUCAUGUCAAUUUUAUGUGUAUAUAAAAUUACAAGAACCUGUUACAUCAUUUACAUGGUAGAAAUUUACUACAGAUUUAUCUGUACGUACAGCAGUGGACAUGUUCUCAUGUUAUUUUAUGCAAAAAAUAUUAACAUCGAUUUUAUCAAUGACCUGAAGAAAGUUCUCCACAUUGUUCACAUAAAUAUAAACCUGGAAAAUUACGUCGUCUCCAUUACAUCAGUUUUAUUAUUAUGCUUCAUUUUUGCAAAUCUUAAAUCUUUUAUGGAGAGAAUAAUUAAGCUCAGAUAUUCUGCCAAAUCUUCCCUUUAUUCAAAUCUAGCCAUUUUACUCAUGUGUGAAAUUAUGGACUUGUAUUUUUCUGCUUACUGCAUACAGCUGUUUGAUUACCUUCCUGCCAUGGAGAAGAUGAAAAUACUUUACAUUUUUUUUAAUAACAACCUUUUGGAUUUGCUCAAGCUCAAGUACCACUUUGACUUCGUCUACGUCAUUUCUUUGUUCAUCUCGCUCUUCCUAAUUCGCCUCCACCAUCAACACCGCUCCAGCCAGUUCCGCGAAAUAUGA